CUUUGCAGUCGGUAAAUUAAAAUCCGAGAAAUGUCAACACAACUUUACAGUGAAAUUUAAUAUUUUUAUCAUUUUUAUUAAUUACUUUUAAUUAAAUAACUAGUUUAUUAAUUAUAUAAACUCGUUAAAAUGAAGUUAAUUUUAGGAGUUUUGUUUUUGUAUACUUAUGUAAGUCAUUCACUGACAUUAGAAGCAAAUCCUCAAACCGGUCACUCAAACAACUGGGCAGUUCUAGUAUGCACAUCAAGAUUCUGGUUCAACUACCGUCAUGAAGCGAACGCGCUGUCAGUGUACCACAGCAUCAAGCGCCUGGGAAUCCCAGACUCUCAAAUAAUCCUGAUGUUAGCAGACGACAUGGCCUGCAACCCUAGAAACCCGCGACCUGCGACAGUCUUCAACAACGUCAAGCAGCACAUAAACGUCUAUGCUGACGAUGUGGAGGUAGACUACCGUGGAUACGAAGUCACUGUAGAGAACUUUGUGAGGCUGCUGACCGGCAGACUGCCUCCAGGAGCUCCGAGGUCCAAGCAGCUGCUGACUGACGAGCGCUCCAAUAUUUUCAUAUACUUGACAGGUCACGGAGGCAAUGGGUUCCUCAAGUUCCAGGACUCUGAGGAGAUCACCAGUCAGGACUUGGCUGACGCUCUUGAGCAGAUGUGGCAGAAGCGCAGGUAUCAUGAAAUUCUGUUCAUUGUCGACACUUGCCAGGCUAGUUCCAUGUACGAGAAAAUUUACUCGCCUAAUAUUUUGGCCAUCGCUAGCAGUAAAGUUGGUGAAGAUUCCUUGUCUCAUCAUGUGGAUCCAGAUAUAGGUGUUUACAUUAUUGAUCGCUACACAUACUACGCUUUAGACUUUUUGGAAAAAGUCGAGCCUUCAAGCUCCAAAAAACUUAGUGAAUUUUUGAAAGUGUGUCCAAAGCACUACUGCUUAUCAACAGUAGGCGUUAGACGGGACUUAUUCCGUAGAGACCCUGAAAAAGUCCCAGUGACAGACUUCUUUGGGUCUCUCAGGCCAGUGGAGCUGACUGACACCAUUGUUACCAUUAUUCCUACCAAAGGAAACAGAACUCGAAAGACUGAAAUUGAGCGCAAGCUUCACUACACUCCACAAUUUCCAGAUAUUACUUUGCUAUCUUGAAUAUUCAAUAUUUACUAAGCAAAUAAAAUAAUUUAUAGUGAA